AUGACUUCUCCGGCUGAGCUUCACGAGCACCUGUGUGAGACUUCACCGGGCAAGCUGUUGUUACACAUGCCGUCGAUGCCGGUUCCCAACAUCAAGAUGGAUAUCAGCGAGGCGACGUACAUUACCCUCCUCAACGGCCAUGAGAAGUGCCAGCAAACGUUCUGGUGGCGGUUUAUGGAUCCGUACGCCAGAACACUACUUCGAGACGCCGCCGCUGCGUCUGAAAUUUCUGCCCCGUCAGGUCAUGGUGCGAUUGCAAACGGGAAUGUACAGCUCGAUCAAGCGUCCACAUCCGUGGAGGAAUGGACAGCACCCCACGAGGCUGAAUGGAGACAAAGGCUGAACCAGCAGCUGGAGGCGUUCAGGGAUGAACGUCUUAAGGACGGACCUCGGGACGAGAGGCUCGUCACCCUAGACCAAGUCCACCUCGGAUGCUUCUGGGCCGUCAGUCACCUGGUCAGCGAGUACGAGGCCUUGGUUGCUCGUACGUCCGACAUCAUCGCCCAGACCCGACAGACACUGCAGGGAGUCUCGGCCGGAGCCCAUGUGCCCGUCCAACUGCACCCGGAGCCGGUCGAGGCCGAAAUCGUCAGGCACAGUCUCCAGCGGGCGUCCGUGGCUUUCAACGCCGUCCAGCUCGACAUCACCAGCCACAUCGCGCAAAAGAGGAAAACGGGUUUCGAAUCGGGUAUGACCGUAGCCUUGACCCAUGAGUGGGAAAUGGAGAAAGGAGCUGGCCGGGGAAUACAUACAGAGAAUAACCCCGACGUAGAGACGGUAUCUGAGUACGAGGCUGAGGAGCCCGAGAUGCGCGAGGCGCGAGGGAAACACACUCAAACCGAAACUGAUUUCAGACUCUUCAUAAUUCGAAUCCGGAAAGUCUCUCCAAGGAGAAGAUUCGGGAUCGAUAUUGUGGUCAAGCCGUCCAAUACCAUCCAAGACGUCAAGUGCAUGAUUAAGGACAGGAAACGUCUUUCCCUAGACUUCUAUUUGUCUUUUCAAGGGCGGUUGCUCGAGGAUGACCGCACCUUGUCCUUCUACAACAUCCCAGAGAAAAGCACCCUUCUGAUCCAGCGCAGAAUCACAAUGCCCUCCGACGGAGUAUGA